AUGGACGUGUGGGGCCCAGCCCGCGUCCAGGGACAGGGCCGCGAGCGAUACUUUCUGCUGGUUGUCGACGACUACUCACGUUACACCACGGUCUUCCCCUUGCGCAGCAAGGGUGAGGUCACUGCUGUUUUGAUCCCUUGGAUCCGAGUUGUACGUCUCCACCUGCGCAAGCGGUUCCGCACGGACCUUCCUGUCCUGCGUCUGCACUCUGACAGGGGUGGUGAGUUCUCCUCCGACCUCUUGAGGUCCUUUUGUGAGGAGGAGGGCAUUCACCAGUCGUUCACGCUUCCGGCCUCCCUGCAGCAGAAUGGGAUUGCUGAGCGCCGCAUUGGCUUGGUCAUGGAGCUCAACCUCUGGCCCCGUGUCUCCUUGCCGAAGACCUCGCCUUCACUUCGUUGGACGGGGGAGGUUGACGAUGCGUCCGCGUUCCGAGUCUGGGGUUCCCGUGUCUUUGUCCGCGAGUCCACCGCGGGCAAGCUCUCCUCUCGCGCUGUUCCCUGCGUCUUCCUUGGCUUUCCCCCUGACGCGCCUGGCUGGCAGUUUUACCACCCCACCUCGCGCCGAGUCUUCCCCUCUCAGGACGUCACGUUUGACGAGUCGGUUCCCUUUUACCGUCUCUUCCCCUACCACACUGCCCCUCUUCCCCCCCCCCCCCCCCCCCCGCUCUUCCUCGCUCCAGUUCCCCUUCCGGUAGACCCCCUCCCCCCUCAGGGUCCUGCUCCUUCAAGUGUGUCUCAGGUAGACCCACUUCCCUUGGCUGAGCCUGUCGAGGUCACUGGUGACCCAGAUGCUGAGCCUGGGGGUGCUGCUUGUGGGGGUUCUGAGCCUGUGGGUGCUGAGCCUGGGGGUGCUGCUUCUGGGGGUGCUGAGCCUGCAGGUGCUGCUUCUGGGGGUGCUAAGCCUAGGGGUGCUGCUUCUGGGGGUACUGAGCCUGGGGGUGCUGAGCCUGGGGGUGUUGAGCCUCGUGGAGCUUGGUCUACUGGUGCCUCACUUCAGCGGUCUCCCCAGCGGGAGCCCUUCCCACCACAGCAGCUGCGCGAGUGGCUAGCUCAGCGCACUCGCCUCCGGCGCAGCGCUAUUGGAGCUGGGAGCACUGGAGCUGGAGGUGCUGGCGCUGGAGGCGCUAGUGGCGCUGGAGCUGGAGACGCUGGAGCUGGAGGCACUGGUGCUCGAGGCGCUGGAGCUGCAGGCACUGUCGCUGGAGGCACUGGAGCUGGAGGCACUGGAGCUAGAGCGACUGACGCUGGAGGUCCUGGAGCUGGAGGCACUUGCGUUGGAGGCACUGGAGUAGGAGACACUGGAGCUGGAGGCGCUGGAGCUGGAGGCACUGGCGCUGGAGGCGCUGGAGCUGGAGGCGCUGGAGCUGGAGGCACUGGAGCUGGAGGCGCUAGAGCUGGAGACGCUAGAGCUAGAGGCACUGGAGCUAGAGGCACUAGAGCUGGAGGUUCCGUGCAGCAGCGACCGUUUUUCUUACCGUCGCCGCAGCUGUCCGAGCUUCCGCCCGAGUCGGUGCUCCGUCAGGUUCUUAGUCUUCCUUCGUCCACUGCCCUUCCUCCGGACUCACCGCUGCCUGCCACCCUUCCUUACACAGAGCAGCCAGAGUCCCUGACAGAGCGUCGUGAGCCUGAGUCUCGUCCUGCCUCCCCUGUUCGCACUGUUCGCCGUGCUCGUCGAGUCCCGCGUCCGCGUCCUCCUCCUGUGCCAGGUACUCACACUAUGGCACUUCGUCCCUCCUCUGCUCCCCAGCGCGUCCCACUGUCGUCUCCUCCUGCGUCCUCUCUUCCUGACGUUCCGGACCCUGAGUCUGACGCUAUUCAUGCUGCUCACCCUACGGUCACGCGUCUUCUAGCUACAGUCGUCACUGACCCGUCGUUUGAGUCUGCUGCUGCGUCUGCCUUAUCUGUCUGUCCUCCGUCCGUCGGGGGUGAGUGUGCUCUUGGCACGGACGUCCUUGAGGACAGGCAGGAGGACUUUGACUCUCUUGCGGCUGCUGUACCUCAUCUCGUGGCCUGGUUGCUUGCCCCUGAGGGAGACCCGGAUGCACUAGACAUCCCCACUCCGCGCACUUACGCAGAGGCGAUCUCGGGUCCCUACUCCUCUCAGUGGCAGACAGCCAUGGACGCAGAGAUGGCAUCCUGGAAGUCCACAGGCACCUACGUCGACGAGGUUCCCCCUCCUGGGGCGAACAUCGUCGAUGGCAUGUGGAUUUUCAGGGUGAAGCGGCCGCCAGGUUCUCCGCCUGUCUUCAAGGCUCGUUACGUUGCUAGAGGCUUCAGUCAGCGUCAGGGGGUCGACUUCUUCCAGACCUUCUCCCCCACCCCGAAGAUGACCACUCUUCGGGUUCUGCUGCACGUUGCUGCUCAGCGUGACUACGAGCUUCACUCUCUUGACUUCAGCACAGCGUUCCUGCAGGGCAGCCUGCACGAGGAGAUCUGGCUGCGCCGCCCACCUGGUUUUACUGGGUCUUUUCCCCCUGGUACCCAGUGGAGUCUCCGCCGGCCAGUCUACGGUCUCCGCCAGGCGCCACGUGAGUGGCACGACACACUGAGGACUACACUUGCGGCUCUUGGGUUCGCGCCGUCUACUGCUGACCCGUCGCUGUUUCUGCGCACAGACACGUCGCUGCCGCCAAGAGCACACUCACCCCCGACGGACGGAGGACAGACAGACGCAGACGCAGGCUCAGCAACAAGGCUAGCAGCGUAG